CUGAAAUCAUUCACUCAUAUAUAUAAUCUGUGUAAAAAUUUCGCUUUGUAAUCCUUGCUGUUUUGUGAGAAAUUGAAUAUAAAGAAUUUAAUGAAAAAAGAAAUUAGAACAACAAACAACUAAAAUGGGUCAAAACCAGUCCGGAGGAGGAAGCGGCGGGGAUAAAAAAGAUGACAAGGAUAAGAAGAAGAAGUACGAGCCUCCGAUCCCUACUAGGGUCGGAAAGAAGAAGCGCAAGGCGAAGGGUCCGGACGCAGCAUUGAAAUUGCCCCAAGUGACUCCACAUACUCGCUGUAGACUGAAGCUGUUGAAGCUCGAAAGAAUUAAGGAUUACCUUUUGAUGGAGGAGGAAUUCAUCCGCAAUCAGGAGAGGCUCAAGCCCCAGGAGGAGAAGAUAGAAGAAGAAAGGUCUAAGGUUGAUGACCUGAGAGGGACACCAAUGUCAGUGGGCAACCUGGAGGAGAUCAUAGAUGAUAACCAUGCUAUAGUCUCCACUUCAGUCGGCAGUGAGCACUAUGUCAGCAUUCUGUCCUUUGUUGACAAAGACCAGCUGGAGCCUGGCUGCUCAGUGCUGCUCAACCAUAAGGUUCAUGCAGUAGUAGGAGUGUUGGGAGAUGACACAGAUCCCAUGGUGUCAGUCAUGAAGCUGGAGAAAGCUCCUCAAGAGACCUAUGCUGACAUUGGUGGCCUUGAUACACAGAUACAGGAGAUUAAGGAAUCAGUGGAGCUGCCUCUAACACACCCUGAGUAUUAUGAGGAGAUGGGCAUCAAGCCACCAAAGGGUGUGAUCCUGUAUGGGCCACCUGGCACAGGCAAGACCUUGCUGGCCAAGGCAGUGGCCAAUCAGACUUCAGCCACGUUCCUGCGCGUCGUCGGCUCUGAGCUCAUCCAGAAAUACUUGGGAGAUGGUCCCAAGCUAGUGCGUGAGCUAUUCAGAGUGGCGGAGGAACACGCGCCGUCUAUAGUAUUCAUUGAUGAAAUUGAUGCUGUCGGCACUAAACGUUAUGAUUCCAAUUCUGGUGGUGAAAGAGAGAUUCAAAGGACCAUGUUAGAGCUGCUAAAUCAGUUGGAUGGCUUUGACUCUAGAGGUGAUGUGAAGGUAAUCAUGGCCACCAACCGCAUAGAGACCCUGGACCCAGCUCUGAUCCGACCAGGCCGUAUCGACCGCAAGAUCGAAUUUCCACUGCCGGAUGAGAAGACCAAGCGAAGGAUCUUCACCAUCCACACGUCGCGGAUGACCCUCGCUGACGACGUCAACCUGUCAGAACUCAUUAUGUCCAAGGAUGAUCUCUCUGGUGCUGAUAUCAAGGCUAUAUGCACCGAAGCCGGUUUGAUGGCGCUACGUGAGCGGCGCAUGAAAGUCACCAACGAGGACUUCAAGAAAUCCAAGGAAAGCGUGCUCUACCGCAAAAAGGAAGGCACACCUGAGGGUCUUUACCUAUAGAAUAUUAAAAAGCGCAUUAUUUUUAUGUAUCGUAUAAAUAUAACAUUUCUCAAUUAUAUACCAAUCCCUAACUAUGGGCGGGCCUAAGUGGUCAUACUAUAAUCGUAUUAGUUAAAUUUGUUUGAUAUGAAUGAGAAAUGCUGUAUUAGCCUGCUAAUUUCCAGAAUUAAAUGUACUAAAACAUAA